AUGGCUCGACGCACGAUUGUUUGCCGGUUCAGUCAAGCGACACGCCAUCAGCCUCUGCACCGCGCGGCGCAGCCAGCGGCUCUAUUCCAGGACACGAGUCUGGCUUAUGCGUCCCCGUUAUUGCUCCACCCCAAGGGUCCCGACCCUACGGCCAGUCCCUCGCAGCAGCUCCUUCAGUCGUUACUUGAUGGGUAUAGACCCCGGUAUCGACCGCACCGUCUGGGGCGAGAAGCGGAGGCGAACUUGCGGUUGGCGCCCCAGCAGCAGAUGUGUUACUACAACGGCAAGCUGUUCGGCGGCUACCUAACCCUGCUGCUGGAUCAGAUUCUGGCGGACUGCUGUCGACCGCCGGACCAGCAUCGAUCAGCGGUCACCGCCUACCCCAAUACCUCUUUCAGGCAACCAGUCCCGCCGCAUGUUCCGAUCCGCUUGCGCGCCUGGCCGCACCAGGUGGAGGGCCGCAAGAUCUACCUUCACGGCGCUGUCGAAAUCCCCCCGCGACGAUGGACAGGGGGUGGCUCCAGCCAUCCUCGCAGAGGCCCUGUUUGUACAGCCCAAGACGUAGGGCCGGGUUUCGAAGGAUGGUGGCUGGCUACGAUCGAAGGGUUCCUAGGUGCUCUCCCCGCGGCAGCCACAGGCUCUGGGUUCGAAAUCGCCCGCCACGAGCGCGACGCCGAACUUUAA